AAUCGUCCCAUCGAACCGAAUUCUUCUUUGCAGCCUUUCGCAUCAGAUAGCUGUUUCCUUUCCGCAUCGCGUUGCUCUUUCGAAAUUGACGAGCGCAUUCCCAGAGUACUCUCUACCAUUCUGCGAGCUACGCCAGCAUUUGUUUUUGGGCGAGCCCUGGUAGGUUUCAGCUGAGCUUGAAUUUCUCGUGCUUUCUCCUGAACACGGGCCGGAGACUUCGAAAGUGGCCGUAAUCGCAACCACUGAUGCUUGUGCAGCACCAAAGCAUCGCGUGCUUGUCGUUCACUAGCGAACACCACAAAGACAAUCUUGCGCUCCAACCACUUCACUGUGGCAUUACCCCAAUCAGUAGCCGCCAGAGCAUUAACCACAUCUUCAGCGAGUUUGUACUCUGGUACAUCGUAAGCUUCAAGAACGUGAGGCAACAGGAAAGGAUCCCAAGGAGUUGCAACUUCCACCGGGGGAGCAAAGUAAUUGAUGGGGCGUCGUGGUGCCUUGGAUGCGACUUCAAGCUUUAACGCAUUCAUCUGCUGUUCAAGCUUUGUGUCAUCAAGGUUUUCCCACGAAUCACCAUCGUCAUCUCCCACCACAGUAGGCUCUUCUGGGAUGGAAGAACUAACAUCCACCGACUUCACUUGUGAACUGGAUUGCCCAGACGCAUCUGAUAAGCCAGCAAUAGGCUCAAAUUUGGUGGCGGCAGUUUCGGUUGAUGACUUAUUCAAGUCCAUGACCGGAAGCAAGUCUUUUGGCAGCUUUUCUGGAGAACCAGACACUGUCAAGUUGUCCAUGUAUAACUUGCGUACUGCUUUAUUUUGA